AGUGACUAGAUGCCAGGAGGGAUCAGCAGCUGUAAUAGGGCAUGCCCUUAGCUCUCGUCCUCGUCCAUUGUGCUGGUUGUUUUCUGUUCAGCCGACAAAAGCAUUUACCUCGUGGUUAGAACAACUCUCGUUAUUGUUACGUAAAACCCGUCUUACUGCAAUAAGGGCCUUUGGAAAGGACCUUGAUACUAUAUACCUGCCAGGAACCUUUCGGAACGUUCAGCCUUUGCCAGAGGAGGUUUUCCUUGUUCUCUAUGAUUUCAGUGGUAAUCUUAGCUACACAGACUCACUGCCUAUCUUUGAUCUAGCAAGGCCUCUCCAGAUAUCACUGCAGUAUAGAGUACUGGAUACCCCUGUGGACGGCCCAACAAUUUUUACUGAUGCUUCUUCAGCUACUAAACAAGGAGUAGCUGUCUGGCAAGCUCAGGAUGGCAAAUGGGAGUCUAAGGUGAUAAUAGAUUGUUCAGCAAGUGUUCAAAUGCUUGAGGCCAGAGCUGUGGCAGUUGCGUUGCGCCUUUGGCCUCAGACACCUUGUAACAUCGUUACUGAUUCUGCAUUCGUGGCUAAAAUGUUACUGCGUAUGGGCAAAGAGGGACAGCCCAAUACAGUAACUGCAGCCCUAUUGGAAGAUGCCUUAGUGGUUAGGUCAGAGCCAGUUGCUAUUCUUCACGUCCGUAGCCAUUCUGAUGUUCCAGGAUUUUUUACAAAAGGAAAUGACAUAGCUGAUCAAAUGGCUAGGAAGCAGGUAUAUACCCUGCAAGAGGCUCGUGAUCUUCAUUCCACAUUACACAUAGGGGCAAAAGCGUUAGCUCGAACGUGUUCUAUCCCUAUCACAGUUGUUAGGGAAAUUGUGCAGAUGUGUCCAUAUUGUAAUUCUGCGCCGGCGUUAGGGGCAGGGGUUAAUCCCCGUGGUCUCACCCCAUUGGAUAUUUGGCAGACAGAUUUUAUGAUGGAACCGCGAAUGGCACCAAGACAAUGGCUCGCAGUGACAGUUGAUACGUCUUCUACAGUCAUUAUUGCUACACAGCACAGCCGUACUAGUUCUACAGCGGCACAACAUCAUUGGGCCACAGCCAUAGCAAUUUUGGGAAUGCCACGCCAUAUAAAAACAGAUAAUGGCUCUUGUUUUACUUCACGUUCGUCUAAAGAAUGGUUAGCCCGUUGGAAUAUCACACAUACUACAGGAAUUUCAGGCAACUCACAAGGUCAAGCUAUUGUUGAAAGGGCUAACCGCCUCCUCAGAGAAAAAAUUCGUGUCCUGGGGGAGGGCGGAGGACAUACAGGAAGAAUUCCGGUAUCAGAACAAGGAGAGAUUUUGGCACGAGCAUUAUAUGCAUUGAAUCAUUUUGAGCGUGGGGAAAACACAAGAACCCCGAUACAAAAGCAUUGGCAGCCAAGAAUCAUUGAGGAAGGGCCACCGGUUAAGAUCAAGGUAGAUAGUGGUAUUUGGGAAUCGGGCUGGUCUAUUUUGGUAUGGGGAAGAGGAUAUGCUGCAGUAAAAAAUAAAAAUUCCGGAAAAAUUUUGUGGGUCCCAUCCAGGAAAGUUAAACCUGAUGUAAGUGGGACAUGAUGGAAAAGCAGAGAAAUAAUCAAGAACUGAGUGCUUUGUUUUUAGGCAUUGCUGUUUGGAACUCGUCAAGAAAAAACACCGAACCCUCGACCGAAGCCACGACCGAAGCCCGCCUCGGGAAAGGAAACAGACAAGGAGCCACUGAUAACGACGAGAUCAAUCUCUCCUGUGUUGUUAUCUGUGUGUUUUUGUUGUUUACAGCUAUUUCUCCUGGAGAGGGUAUAACUAUCAGUGAUUUACGGUAUGGUCGUAAGGAAUAUACAGGAAUGAUGGGACCGGUAAAUAAUUUGACUUUGCUGACCGUGGUGUUACGUGAAAACAGACCGUAUGACAAAAGUGAAUGGGGAUGGGAUAAUGCUACCAGAUCUCCACGAAUUUGGGGAAAACCAGGGCAGAAUAUAGAAGUAAAAUGUUGGAUGGUAAAUGGAUCUCAGUAUAAGAAGGCCACUCAAAUUUCGAAAACAGAUGUUAUAUCAGGCGUAAGGGAUCGUAAAUCCUGUGUUAUUGAACAGGGAGAUUGCCAGUAUAAUUUCGUCCUGACCCAACCUGUAAUGAUAACAUGCCUUUGGACACAAGACACCUUAGGACGAUCUUUUAAAUUCAAGGUGGAUCUCUUUAGUCAACAAACAACUGAUGCCCCAUAUACAACUCCCACUAGGAGACUGGAGAGUGUUAUCUCCCCACAAAUUUAUCAAAUUGGGCCGUACGCCAUAAAGAACACAGGUCAGCGUCAGGUGAUCUUUAAUCCAACAUGGUCCCUUAAACGAGUGAUGCUAUUAUUGCAGACUAAUGUGUCAACUAUUAAACCAGAUUGUGCAUUAUUUUUAAGCAUGUCAUAUGCCGGAUGGUCGGCAUGGCUUCAUCGACAGGCACUUGAUACACCUAGAAGAGCAAAAAGAGAUGUUUCUGGUAUUCUGGGAACAGGUUUAGGAGUCUUAAACAGUAUAGACACUGAAAUACUCAUGAGUAAAUUGAAUGCCAUUACAAGUAAUAUACGUGAAUUGCAACAUCCUCUACAGUCGUCUCUAUCAGGUUUAGGAACAAGCCAAUGGCUUUUAUCAGAUGUGUUACCGCAAUGGGAAAAGAUAGAUAGGAGAGAUCAUCUGCUGAUUAUGGAUGCGCUUUCAGCAGUCCAAGGUAAUACUUCUUUAGCCCUCAGUUGCAUUCAGGCCCAGAUGUGGAUGCAGUUUAUAGCAGCGACAAUCGUGAGAGAAGGUGAGGAUGGCACUAUACCCACUGAAAUUAGAAAAGUAAUUUGGGACAAUGCAAAUAGGUUUGAAAGAAAAUUUCAAUCAUGGUGGCAUUUAGUUAACUUCACUUAUGAUCCUGUCACCAAUUAUGCCGUGGCUUUUGUUUUGAUGAUAAGUAAUGCUUCAGUAUACACGAUAUAUCCAAUCGUAGCUCUAGGAUUAAAUCAUGGUGAGACUACUCUGUAUCCAAUUGAACAUCGGAUAUGGGCUCUUCAAAAGAAUGAGAAAUGGCAAACUGUGGACGUUAGUUCAUGUGCCAUGCGAGAACAACAAGGAUUUAUUUGUGAAAGUAAUACAUUUGAGACCCAAGAUAUCUGUUUUGACACUGAACAAAAUAUCUGCCACUUUGAGGUCCAGCCUGGUAGGAUGUUCAAAUCAAUGCUUGUCUAUAUUGGAAAAGGAUGUGCUUGCAUCAGAACUCAUUGCGACUCCAUACAAAUAGGGGAUAUGAUUGUUGAUACUGCCAAUCACUCAAAUCUUUGUGUUUGCAAUUUUAUCAAUAUUUUAGGAUGUGAUUUUAACUAUACAGUUCCUGUUACUUCAUAUCAGCUUUUGCAGUUCAAUUACACCCUGAUCAAAGAUUUGCGUCCAGCGCUGAUUGGAAUGAAUCUCGCUUUGGUAAAGGAGCUUCUACAACAUGACGAUCUGCAUCGACUAUUAGAACGCAUCAAAGACAACGGACAAAAGACCUUGAUUACUGUUCAUCAUGACGUGAAAAAGAUACAUCGCAUCUUGGAAAGAGUAAUGAAAGCUGGAGAACAUCAUUGGUGGGAGGUUCUUUUCGGUUGGUCUCCCACAGCUACAGGAAUAUUUAACUCUGUACUACAUCCGGUAGUUGUUAUAUUAGGUCUGAUACUAUUAUGCUUGGUUUUUAUAGUUAUAAUAUAUAAAGACAUGGCGCUUGCUAAAGCAAGUGUCCCAGCUUGAUUUAGCAUUAAAUAGGGAUACACUGCAUCGUUUUUUGUAAGACUUAUCUUAAGGCUGAUAGACGGUUGUAACGUUAAGGUAGAACUUAUAUAAGAUAUUAAGAUUUUAGGAUUGUUAAGAUAAUAGAUUGUCAUUAAGUUAUAAGUAUAUAAGUUAAGUUAUAAAGUUAUAUAAGGUUAUAAGGUUAUAUAAGUAUAUAGCUCAUUAAGUUAUAAGGUUAUAAGUAUAUAAGUAUAUAAGUUAUAAGGUUAUAUAGGGUUAUAAGUUAUAUAGUGUUAUAUAAGUUAUAGGGUUAUUAGGAUAGGAUAUUUUGCGAAUCGGGUUGUAACGGGGCAAGGCUUACCCGAGAGGACAAUGGCAUGUAUAGGCGCAAUGCGGGGAUUUCGGGGUGUACGCGGUUAGGGUCCUCUCGAGUUGUAGUAUGCUUUCUUGAGCAUGGAGAGGGGGAGAUGUUGUCAGCAACUGCGAAACUGCGAGACCCCCCCGCAGGGUCUGAUGUGUUAAGCUCCCUCCCUGCUCUAAUGAUUGAUGUGUGAUGUGCCCCCUUGGGGGCGUA